CUCCUCUCUGGCGUUUUGCGCGGCGGAGGAGGAAAGGAGGAGAGACUGUGGCGAGGAGGAGACAGAGGGGACUCUGGGAAAACAGGGAACUUUGCCUCUGACAAACAAAAUGACGACGCGGAGCUUUAAAGGAGGACAUGCGGGUCGGACUCGCGUGCUGACUGAAGGUUGAUUUGCGUUGCCACGUUGGUGAGUGAAUGAAGGAGAAAUCAGCCCGAGCGCAUUGUUUCCAGCAGCUCCUGUUCCAUGUGGGAUUUCCAGCCGUCAUGUCUGCAACAUUUCGCUCUUUGUUUCUGGUUUUAUUCGGCCUACUGUCAGUCGGUGCCCAGACUGAGAUGAAAAAGGUCGUUGGGGACAAUGCCACGCUACCAUGCCACCAUCAGUUCUGGCAGUCCAACUCUCUCGACAUUGAGUGGCUACUACAAAAACCCAACUCAAAACAGAAAGUGAUCAUUACCUUCUUUGGGGGUCAGGUGUACACCAAUGAGGCAACAGGCAGUGAAGCCAGUCGUCUGUCCUUCGCUGGGGAGUACCUGAAUGGAGACGCUUCCCUGCUGAUCAGUGACCUCUUGGAGUCCGACUCUGGAGAGUACUACUGUAAAGUCAAGACUGGUGGAAAGUACCACUGGAGCCAGGUCAAACUCAUUGUGCUGGUCAGACCGUCAAAGCCAGAGUGCUUAAUGGAGAGCAGACUUGUGGAGGGUAGCGAUGUCAAGCUGAGCUGUAAGUCCAACGAUGGCUCGGACCCCAUCAGCUAUAAGUGGGAGCGAGUGUUGGACAAAGGCAAGAGUCUGGGCAAGUUGCCAAACAUGGCACUGAUCGAUCUGAAGAAUCCAGAGAUUGUGACUCUGAGGAACCUCACCAUCGACAGCACAGGCGUCUACAGGUGCACAGCCAGCAAUGACGUGGGAGAGGAAAGCUGCAUCAUUGAGGUCACAAUGAAGCGUGCGAAGAAUGUUCAAAUGGUAGCAGGUUUUGCGGUGGCAACAUUUCUUUUCGUCCUCAUCAUCAUAUUAAUCAUCUGGCUUGUCUUCUGGAAGAAAGAGAAAAAGAAGUAUGAGGAGGAGGAAACUCCAAAUGAGAUCAGGGAGGAUGCCGAGGCUCCCAAAGCCAAGUUAGUGAAGCCCAACUCUCUAUCCUCAUCCCGUUCCGGCAGCUCACGCUCCGGUGCUUCAUCCACACAGUCCAUGGUGCACAACAGCAUGCAGCGUGGUCCCCGCCCCCGCCCACCUGCUGUGGCGGCUCUCAAGGAAAAUGGACAGCCUCCGGGCUUUCCGCAGUCGCCUCCAGCCUACACGGCAGUGGUGGCCCCCAAAACCCCCGAGCCCCCAGGCACUCCCAAGUUCAACUCCAGGAACAUGUCUGGGCCUACACCACCAACCCUCAUGGUACCUGCCCAGACCAAAGCCUUUCAGACUGUGUAGGACACACGUUUGGGCAGCCAUCGAAGACUCUUGUCACCUUCCAACUCCCCAAUGCUCCCUCCCAAAGACUCCUCAAUGCAACUAGUAAAAAGGAUGUAAUUAACAGAAGUAAUUCAAUUCAAUAAUUCAAUACUUUUAAUGUAGUUCAAUACUUUUAAUGAAUGCAUACUUUAAAUCUAAGACAUACUUGCCCCCUACUGAAUUACAUAAUACAAAAGAAAAAGCAAGACCCGAUACGCCACACUGUUUGUAUCUUAUGGCUAUAGGCAGUUCCACCUUUGGCUUUAGAAGGCAAACUGAAGCACUGAGGUGGAAGGAACGCCUCAGUACAGCUUUUAUUUAUUUAUCAAAUCAAAGGCUGAGGCAUUCAGUGGUUGAAAAGGGGAAAGUGAGGAAUAGUGAAGGCUAAAGCAAACUAAAUCUAAAUGUGAAACUUGGUGUAGAGAGAAUCAAAAGCAGGUGAGCGUCACUUGCCAACAACACAAAAUGGGUGCAAUCAGUGUGGAAACUGGAGCAAAUAAAAUGCAAGACAGCAGAAUUGGUUCAGGUGAAUUUUCCACUCACGUCUCCCUUCUCCUUCAGCUCACUAAACCCCUCUGUUUCCCGUGGAGCCCAACAUUGUGGAUGGACAGUUAGCAGGGCGUGCAUCACCUGUCUCAGUGCUCCCCAGCUGUUUUGUGUUUUUCUCUCUCUCUGUCAAACAAUCAAUCCACAAAAAACUACUGCCAUCCUGAAUCUGAAUCAAAAAUAGGUCAUCUGCUUUUCUGAUCUACUGGGGAAGCGUUCAGGUAUAAGGAUAUGGCGCUGGAGUCCAACCCGUGGAGCUAAUACCCCCACCCACAUCCUGCCUAGAUCUAUAGAUAUCCUUUUCUGCUACUGAAUAUCUUCCCUGAAUUAAUAAAUAGUAUGUAUUAGGCCUUUAGGCUGUCCGUACUUUACGUAUAGGGGAUAAGCAUCUAUUAGACCAGCUGAACUUGUUUUUCUUUUCUCCUGUGUCCUGAUCGGGAAGUAAAGGGUGACAAACAGCUACACAUCCAUUCAUCCAUAUUAAGAAGUGCCACCAGAACCCAAUCUGGGUUAUUAUUAUUGCUUUUUUUAAACUCAUUUCUGAAUGCCAAAAUCUGCCGCCAUGAAUGUGUGAAGAACGAAGAUGGUGGAUCUCAUUAUUGUCAGCCUCUCUGAGCUAAGGCACAAAGAACUGACCUUAAAGUUGCAUUUUAUUUCUCUGUAUCUGAAUGAGACGAUGUUGUGAGUCUUUCCACAUUUGUGAUGUCACUGUUAGCACUCUCACUGCAUCCGUGAUAACAGAGUGGCACUCCGCUGCUGUCUUGCUGAAUCACCAGGCUCUCUUUUGGUAUUGGUUGAGUCUUUUUGUAAUCUCCUCAGAAAGGAACAGUUUGGAUGAAAGUAGCUGAAAAAAAGGCCAAGUAGCCUUUAUAGUGUGCCUUUGCAAACCCUCUUCACUUCCACGGUUUCUUUCUGAGUCCUAAACUUUAGCACACGAGCAGUAAAGUCGAAGUUCCCUUCCAGCUUUGAUGGCAGACACCUGCUUAGUAAUACCACAUGCAGAACAGUGAGCACCAAGCAGUCUGCGGCGAGGAAGCAUUCCGGUGCUACGAGUCUCUGUACUGUACAUUCUGUAACCAGUCCUGUUUUAUAGUGUACAUACAGGUAAAUACACAGUAUGCACAUGAUGUCAUUUAAUUUAACAUAAGGGUAUGUAAGGGGGAUUUGCCCCUGACUAAACAAUCAAAAGGGUUUCCCAAAAGUGAAUUUACAUCAGUUUUGUUGACGUGUUUGAAAGUGAAAAGUUAAGUUCCUUUUUUUCUUGUAUGACUUGUAUUUUUUUUCAGUUAACUGUGUGUUCAUCUAGAGGUGAUAACGUAGAAAGAAACAUGCAUUAAAAGAUAAUAUCCCCCCCCCCCCCCACACACACACACACACACAAACAGAUUUUUGAUUUUGGUAUCAAAUUAUUCCCAACAUACAAAAUCGUUUCACUUAAGAAUGACAUCACCAGAAGCUGAAGAUAGCUGCUCAGAGUGAUUCAUUCUGUCAUGAGUUGCAGGUCAAACUGCUAGACAAGAUUUUCCAGUCACUCAAGAAUAAUAUUUGAUUAAAUAAAACAGAAACUCCUGAUAUGCGAAUAACUGAAGCCCUAAAUUUGCUCUCCAACCUUAGUGGUUACGAAGAUACAGCAAGGCGUGAUUUCAAAAGGGUCAAAAAUUAAUACUGGUGAAUCCCUUAUGUUUUCAAGAAAAACACUUAAUUGGUUAAGAUAGUAAUUUGAGGUCUCUUUAGUAAUUUAGUCCCAAAAUUUGAUCUCCAGUCUUAAUUGUGAGAUACAGCAAGUGGGUAGUUGUGAACAGAGGCCUAGACAAUAGUUUCCAGUUAUUUUCAAGAAAAAGCUUCAGUUGAAUAACUAGAAAUUUUGAGUCUGUGAGUAAUUAAUCCUGAAAUCUGCCAGUCUCACUCCCCAGCACCUAAAGAGAUCCUCGCGUCAGAUGCGAGCACCAUAGGUUUUUCACCUUGCAGCAGUGAUUGUGACUUCAAGCCCACGCUGUUGGCUCUCGCCAUUUCCCUGUGCCGCAAAGUAGCGUAGAGAAGGAGGGUAGGUUGCCAGUCUUCCAGCUGUUAAAUUCCUCAGCUUUUGAUUUGCUUCCAGCAACUGCAAUCUCAGGUGGCAGAGUCCCCAUUUUAUGAGCCCUCAUGGCGUUUUGUGUCCAAUCUCAAGUGGAUUUUAAAAGCUUUUUUUAUUUUAGGGGUAUACAUUUCUUCCGUAUAAAAUGAUACGAUUCAUGGGCUAUGAUACGAUUCAGGAACUAUACUUUUAUUGUGGAGCUAUUCAGUUUGGUAUGAUAUGAUGCAAUCUGAUACAAAUUCUUUGUUUAAUGUAGACAUCCAUUUUGCAUGAUUAUUAUUACAAUAAGCCAAAACUGUAACACUUACCUUAAAAUACUUGUACAUAUUUUUCAUGAAUUACAUUUAUCAUGGAAAAAUAGGGACCUUCAGGUUUUUAGCUACUGUGCUGCAACACAUUGGCGCUGCCUCUGCUCACCUUUUGUUCACCACUGGGGGCAGCACCACAUAUAGUACAGAAAGUGCAGCAUAGAAGAUGCCAAGAAUAAGAAGCCAGCUGUUGUUAGCAUAGCAUAAAUAGUGUAGCCUAUCAUUCCCGUUUGAAUCAAUAGGACAGUGUUAACAUUGUGAACUGACUGUAAACUUCAAACGGGUGCAUUUAUCUGUUAUGAUGCCUAACACUAUUGAACAUGCUGCUUUUGUUUGUACUUCGUGAACAUUAACAUUCCUGUGACCAGUAUUGCGAGACUCUUGUUCCGACCUUGAGGUUUUUGACAGUUGUGAAGGAUGUGGAAGUAGCAGUGAAAACCAUUAAACCAAUUUAUGAAGUUUAAAUAGAGUUAACGAAUAGUUCAUUCAGAUUGAUUCAGAGGUCUGUUUAUGGAUGUAGUCGUAUCUAUUAUUUAAAGUUGAUUUUCGAUUCCUUAUCAGUUAAUUGUUACACCCUGAGUAUGUAACACUAUGUGCUGUCAGAACUGAAAGGCACAGCUUGUUUUUUGGUUAAACUGCAUUGUAUAACAGAACUAUAGCUCUCAUUGUAAUUGUGACGUUUUAUGUUCUAUGAAGCUGUUUUAUUUAUGAUUAAAGCUGUUGAGCAGGGUAGGCGAUAAUCAGACUCAUGCUUCGGCCUUGUAUCUCCAGUGUCGGGGAAUGUGAUUUACUGUGACUUUGGAAGCAGAGACAAACAAGGCGCACAACCUCGAUGGGGAAUGCAACAGUACCUGCAUGUCACAAGAAAUGGAGCAGACAAACAGGAAUGCUUUGCUUUGAUGUAACAUAACUGUAUUUGGAUUAUGGAGGGAAAAAAACUACAGUUGUAAAUAUAUUUACAGGUAAUUUUUUCCAAGUUUUAUUUUUCUUCUUCAUCCAUGUACUUUGCACUUUUUUGUGUACUGUGUUUGUCACCAGCCUGUAUGAGAUUUGCGUGGUCGUUGUUUCUCUUUGACUUCAUUGAUUGAACGUCAGAGAGCAACAUGCUCAGCACGACGUCAGAAAGGGAAUGUAAGACCUUUGGGUAUCUUUAUUCAUAAAUUUUUUUCUGCCGUAGCUUCUCGUUAGUUUUUGACAAACAGAACUCAAUUCAAGUUUCCUUGUUUGUUUGUUUGUUGAAUACAAUCCUGUAAAUAUCACAAGUAAAAAAAAAAAUGUAUAUUUUUACGACGUCUGAGUAUUAACUCUUUCAUUUGCAAUAAAAUAUUCAAUGACAACCUA